AUGUUAAAUCACCUCGACAACAGAGUGACCGGGCAAGAUCUUCUACAGAAAAAAGAUCAGCAGAUCGCCGCCCUGGAAAACCAGGUUGCCCUGUUGGCCGAACAGCUUGCGUGGCUGAAGAGGCAACUGUUCGGCGCGAAAAGCGAACGGAUUGUGGGGGAUGACCAGACCCUUGCGUUCGACUUUGGCGCUCAGCCUGUCGAACCUCAGACGCCAGAGGUCAUCGAAGAUAUCCGUUACCAGCGGCGCAAGCCAACCAAAAAGCGCGGCAGCGAUACAAUCACCUUCCCCGAAGAUCUUCCGGUUCAACGGAUUGCGCUGGAUGUGACCCCCGAAGAGAAGAUCUGCCCGGAAACGGGAGAGCCUCUGGUGUGCAUCGGUGAGGAGGUCAGCCGCAAGCUGGCCCGUAAAGCCGAGCAGUUCUACAUCAUCGAAUACGUUCGACCCAAAUACGCCUCGCGCAAGCAUCCCGACCUGGGUAUCCGUACCGCAUCGCUGCCCGAUGCCAUCAUUGAUCGCUGUCCGGCGGAGGAAAGUCUGCUCGCCUAUGUGCUUAAUGCCAAGUUCGCGGAUCAUCUGCCGCUCUACCGACUGGUGGAGAUUCUGCAGCGCUCGCAGAUUCGGAUCAGCCGUCAGACCCUCUCCAAAUGGGUUUUGACUCUGGGUGCAGGGCUUUCGCCGCUCUACGAUGCGAUGAAGGCACGGGUGCUGGGGAGUGGGGUUGUUUUUGUUGAUGAAAGCCCGAUUCGGCUUCAGGUUAAAGGCAAGGGGCGUUGCCAACAGGCCUAUAUGUGGAUUUAUGUCGGUGGUGGCGGAGGUGAUCCCCCCUACCGGUUCUUCGAGUUCCGCCAAAAUCGCAGUCAUGUGCAUCCCGAGCAAACCUUGAAAGAUUAUCAGGGCCUGCUGCAUUCGGAUAAAUACGGUGCUUAUGAAAAGCUGGCCAAACGCGAGGGUAUUCUAUGGUGCCCCUGCAUGGCCCACGUACGGCGGAAGUUCGUCGAGGCCGAAACCGGUGACCCUGAGUUGCGGCGGCAGAUCCUGCGUAAAAUCCGCUAUCUGUUUCUCUUGGAACGGGUGGCCUGGAGUCGUGCCCCGGAAGAACGACUGCGGAUUCGACGCACGCUUGAAAAGCCAAUCCUGGAUCAACUGCUAGGCAUGAUCAAAGAUCGGUUAGUCACCGGCAAGUUGUUGCCCAAAUCGAAAUUCCAUCAGGCCCUGAACUACACCCUGGGAUUGGCACCGUAUUUUGAUAACUACCUGAACCACCCGGAGGCCCGACUGGACAAUAACGUCGCCGAACGCGCUGUGCGCCCCCUGACCAUCGGUCGCAAGAACUGGCUGUUUGUCGGCAGUGAAGAUGGAGGACGGGCCAGCGCAACAAUUCUCUCCCUGGUGCAGACCUGCCGGAACCUGGGCCAGUAA